CGCAAAUGGAGAAAAGCACCAUGAACAGAAUGGUGGUCGCGAGGCUGUCCUUUGCGAGAGCCAUGAAGACGCAAAGAAUACCCUCGAGCGUCUGCACGACCCAGAGAGUCCAAAGUCGGCCGCGCAUUCCGAAUUUGACCGACAUGUAGUCAGACAUCAAACCACCGACGGAUCGGGCAAAGAUGUUCAUGAGGCCAUAGCAAGAAGCGAGGGUACCAGCCGUGACAAGAUCAAGCUCGAACUGAUCAUACAGGUACGAUGCCACGAUGUUGUUCAUAGUGAGCUCGACACCGAAGCAGAAACCAUACGUCGCAACCAUGCACCACAUGCGGUAGUUAGUGAUUCCGAGGUACUGGGUCGUGGCAGCAGACUUCUUCUCGAGCUGUCCAGAGGUGUGAAGGAACUUGAAGUUGCCGUCAGGAAGAUCCUGGCCGAUAAACAUCACAGCGACGCCCAUGAUGGUGUGGAGAAGGCCGGGCACUAGGUAAGCCCAUCGCCACGCGGAAAAGAUGCGUCCCUCAGUCGCCGAAGUCAUGCCACGGAAGAUCAGAGGCAUCAGAAACUGAGUCACGCCGCCGCCAAGGUUGCCCCAUCCAGCAGCAGUGGCAUUAGCGAGACCAACACACUUGCCGUUAAACAUGCACGACAUCCAGAACUGGCAGGCCACGAACGUGGCGAGGCCGAGCCCGAUUCCCAUGCGGCAAAUGAGGAAGCCGGCGGCGGAUGUGACGUAGGACAUGCAGAAGCAGAACGGGGCAGAGAGCAGCAGAACGAUGGACAGGCCGUACCUGGGCCCGACGACGUCACAGACGGAGCCCAUGAGGACGCGUGCGCCGAUCGUACCGGUCACGGCGGCGAGGCCGGCGGAUCCGAGGUUAGGCUUUGUGAGUUCGAGGUCUUCUCUGAUGAUGGCGAUCAUGGGCGCCGCAGCGAAAGUCGACACGAAAGACACAAAGAAGCCCAUCCAGGACAUGUGGAAGGACGCAUGGUGAGGGAAGUUGAAGGAGAAGAUAUUGAGGCUCUUCGCCUUGUUUUCGCUGCGGAAGGUAAUCACAUAUCGGAGAGAUUCGGUUAAGCAGGAACGCUCAUGGACGAUGCAUCAAAGACGACACGGGCGAAGUCGCGGGCAACGAAUGCGGCCCAGCGGACAAGCGCAAGGCUCGCGUUCGGGUCCGAAUCGGCCCUGAUGGGCGCGGAGAACGCCGGAACAUCGCGAAGGAAACGCGUGCAAUGCAUGGGGCGUACCUAUCCACAGGGAUGCUAAAUUUCGAUUCCGCGAGGUCAGCGGACAUGGCGGCCGAUUUUCCUUGGGCGUGGAACUCCUGGGUGGACGCGUCAAAGAAAGUGAUUCCGGGUCAACCCAGCCUGCCUGCUCUAGCUUUUAGUUCCGAUGGAGCAUCCGUACAAAUUCUCAACCAUGCACAUGUGUAUUAUUGGUGGGUAAACUUUUACUUUAUUUUACCUGAUGAACAUAUCACUUCAUUAUUCGUACAUAUAUAUGUACGUGGUUAUCAUACAUAUUAACAUAUUAUGUGGGACUAUCAAUAAUUCAAACAAGUAAACGUCGAUGCUAGUAGAUAGACUAAUAAUAUUCUAUCCUUCAUUCAUCCGGCGAUGGUAGACGUCGAAGUUGACCGAUGUAUCGAUGAAAAUU